GCCGGCCGCAUGUUGGGUUCGCUUUAAUGGAGCAUUCCUGACUCCUGAGAGCACUUCUGAGGAUGAUGCUCCUGCAGCUACUAGUAUUCGCGUCGGCCGUCCUGGCCGCCCUCCCUCCCGGAUUCAUUCAGUUGCCCAUGCCGCCGUUUGACAUUGUUCAAGGCCCCAGGGAAGAGGAUGCUCGUGAUGCUGCGAUCAACAUUAAAAAGCUGGUGCAUCAAGUCACAUCGGGCACUCUGUCGAGCGUAUUCCCAGCUUCUGCCGAUGACCCGCCCCACCUUGCUCCAGGGGUCAAAUUCACUCAUCGCGAUGAGAACGGGAACGAGUUCAUACCUUACAAGCCAAAGAUGGAAGGCCGGCCUUUUGCUCUUCCCGAGUACCAUGCGCCUUGCCACUCUGCACCAUCUCUCACAUUCCUGAUCCUUCCUAUAUCCCGAUCCAGCCAAAACAUCUUGGAGCACCCGCAACACUAUGCAACGUAUACUUUGGCGGAAGAGUUGAAGAAGGGGGAGACGAGUAUGAGUUCAGCGAGGGUGGCUUUGAUGGGUAACGUGACGCUGUUGCGAGAUCUCUCUGAAGAGGAAGAGACCGACUUGGCAGAAUGUUACCUCUCAUACCACCCUGAUGCCCGCGGCUGGCUGCCUGGAAAGAAGGGCUCGCCGCAUUUCUCAGAGUGGGCGAGAAUGGACCUGGAAAAGAUUUAUUACGUUGGAGGCUUUGGCGAGUAAGUCUCCCGAUCCCAACCAGUACCAGUCUAACGCGCAUACACAGCACGCAUUAUAUCGGGGAUGUACCCGUGGGAUUGUAUAAGAAGGUCAGCGGGGACGAGAGAUUCAGCGCAUGGUUAUGAAUGGAUGGUUACAUGCAACUCUCUACGCGCU